GUGAGGGUGUAUAGGUGCGCCUUGUUUUGUGUCAAAAAGUUGCCGUAUGGACAAUUAAUAAUGGCCUAAGCGACUCGAAUGAACAGAAAAAGAUGGGAGAUUUAUACCAUGGGUAUUGUCUCUCAUGGACUGGCUUUUUUAGAGAGAUAAUUCUCCGUUUAUUCCGAUGCUGAAGUGAACAAAAUGGCAGCUCAUCCAAAGUUUGACAAAAUGGCAGUCACAGUGGAUAACUCUUCGUCGAAUUCUAGUGUAUAUGACACGAACAAUAAGGAUGAUUUAGAUCAUAGACCUCUUAUGGGAAGUAUGAAAACCUUAUCAGAUGGUUUGCAUAAAAAGAAAAGCACAUUCAAAAUCACGAGCGUGACGAAAAACAUUCAGCGCCCCCCGAUUGGAGGGGACCCCCCAAACGAUGCAGAUGGUGAUUCAAUGGAUGAUUUAGACGAGACUGUGGAGAGUCAUACAGAAGAGCUUAGUUCAGAAAUCCUAGAUAGUUCCAAAUAUACGGAUCUAGGUGACCAGGAUACGCCUCUAGAGGAUUUUACCCAGACUUUUGGCCAGGACUCGGAAGUGAUAAUCAGCAACACUGUCGGUAAGGAGGUCACAAUCACAAGUAAAGAGAAAACUGAUGUUCAUUCUAGUACGACCACACGGUUUAAAGUGGUGAAAAUAGAGACCAAAGAACCAUUUAGGAGGGGUAGAUGGCUGUGUCAUGAUUUGCUUGACACGCCAGUGACAGAAAAGAGUGAAACAAAGGUAGUUCGAGACCAGACAGAUGAUCAAGCUAAUUCUGGUAAUUCAAGUGCUUCGAGUUCUAUACAUUAUGUUCCUGGUGUUGAUGAUCCGGCCAAGAAUCCAUUAUCGGUGACAGGAUUGCAGAACCAAGGAACAGAUGGAUAUAUCAUUCAAAGUGAUAAUCAGAGUGAUAAAUUCCAGUCUAAACAGCAACAAGGGAUGGUGCCCAGUUCCCAGGAUGGUGCACAUUCCUACAACCAACCUAAUCCAAAUGUGUCCCAGAUUCCUAUUAGUUUACCAAACCAUCCAUCACAAAACUACCAGGGCAUCGUUGUAAAUGCUGGGGCAGGAUCCCCUGGUCAGUCCAGACAAGGUCUCCCUCAGACAGGCCCAGUUUCUGGACAUGGUGGGUCUAUCCCACAAGGCCAUGUACAAAAACCUAUGCAAGUCCAGACUCCAAUUGUAGAUAAUGCUAAUCCCAAUUCGCAACAUUCAGCAAUGCCAGCUUCUGUUUCUUCAGGCACAUCACAAAUUCCAAACAGCAUUACCGGACAAAUGCCUCCUACUUUGAAUGAUCAGAUGAAACUGCAACAGGGUAUGGGUCCUGUUCCAAAUGUGCAGACUCAUAUCAACCAAAGUACUGUAGACUCUAGCUCUAGUCCAGCAUCCAAUAAAGAUAAUGUGCACUGGAAUGAGUUGGAUGGGGUCGAGGGUCAGACUUCAAUUUUAAACAUUGCUGCUAGUCAGUCUUACAUUGACCAAACAGGCCUAGAUAGUAGACUUACUCACCAAUUGAAACCGGUAACAGUUCCUGCCAAUUUAAGCGAUUUUUCAUCCCCAAUACUGACGCCAUUAGCUGUUGCUGAAGCUGUUGGUGGCAUGUCUAGUCCAACGAAAGCAGAUGAAAGUGUCCAGACUAAGAAUGUGCGGCACCCCUACAUGUGGAUGAGUGGGUCAAGUACUGUCGCCAUUGACAACAAGAUAGAACAAGCUAUGGACCUCGUAAAGAGUCACCUGAUGUAUGCUGUUCGAGAGGAGGUGGAGGUCCUUAAGGAGCAGAUCCAGGAACUUGUAGAAAAGAACAACCAACUGGAAUAUGAGAACUCCAUACUGAGGGCGUCGGCAAGCCAGGAGACAUUGAGUAAACUCCAGGCACCCCGUCAGUCACAACCUCCCUCGUCCUCAUCGUGACCACAACACCCAUCACCAUGACCACCUAACGCUGAUCAUCCCCUCCGGUAUCGGUGAUGGGAUGUCUGUGUCGGUCAGAAGCUUGUCAUGCCGCUAGUUCGCCAACAGUGGAAGUGUUUUCACGCUGCAUACUGCACGCACACCAAAACGACUAGCACCUGUAUUCUUAUUUAUCUUCAUUUAUAAGAAUAUGGACAUAGCAUGGCUUCCAUGACUACCAACUGACAGAGGUCCGUGUUCACCAUGGUAACACAAUUCCAAUCAAACUGGCUUCUGGUUGUUUCCUUAGUUGCGUCUUGUGAUAAAGGACAUCGGAGAUUUUGCUGAGGUCUGUUGGUAACACACUUUCAGGAUAGAAAGUGACAUCUCAAGCAAAAUGGAGCAUCGUGGUCCAAGUACUGGAUCAGUAGCCUUCCAGAAUGAUUGAGGUCAUGUCUGGGAAGUAUCAGAUGUGUUGAAUGUCAAGUUUGUUCCUUAAUUCCAAUUUUCAAUACUUUUAUUUCAUCCAUUUUAUGAAUAUCAUGAGUUGUCAAUUUAAAUGAAAUGUAUCUACUGCAAUAUCUAGGACAAUCAUUAUUUCUCCGAUGAUUCAUAGUGUAUAAUAUAUGGCUACUCUAAUCUUUAUUUUUGUCAUUUGUAUCAUUAUGUAAGUGUAUUUUAUUAUAUAAAAGUUUUGUUUAUGUAACUCUGCAUCUAUUAAGAAUACCUAAAUGAAGAAGCGUGACAUUCUGAUUUCAUUUUGCAGACUUCAUUAGUUAUAUCAAAAUUUCAUCUCGAUAUAAAGUGAAGGUCAUACCUUCUCAUGACCUUGACCUUUAGGUCAGUUUCCUAUUGCUUGCCUGUUAUAUUCAUGGCAUACCAGUCACGCUGAUUCUGUCUACAACUUGUAGCAGUUUUGGUGUAAAGCACUUGUGUUGUUGAUAAAUACUACAAAAUACUGCUCUCCGUUACAAGUCUCUUGCCUUUGUGUUUGCAUAUUUGUAUAAGGAAAUAGCUUUAUCGUGGCAACAUUUUCGUUUUGAGACUUAAACUUAAAUUGAAGGAAAGAUUAAAAAAAGAAUUUGAGGUUGAAUAUUUUAUCAACAGAACAUCAUUCCACUCAGUCCAGUAAGCAUUGCUUUAAAGUUUAAAAACAAUUGCUUUGCCUUGACACAGAAUUGUGAUAUGUCCUCUGUAAGUGUGUUGAAUUCUUUUCACUGUUUAAUGUGGCAUUCUGAAAAGGAGAGUCGAAACACGAGAAGUGAAAAUGUGGCUACGAAUGAAUCUGCUUAACCACAAAAUGCCUUGUAACAUUGUAUGAUUUUUAUAAAGGAGAAAGGCUAGCAGCCUAUUAUGAGUUGUUCCAACAUUUGCUGUGUGUAUUAAUUAAGCUUGUAUGACAUUAGGCAGGUUAGAUGUCUUUUGGUUCUUGGCAGACAUUCCACAACAUGUUGAAAAUUAUUUGCCCUUGUACCAUAUACCUGUAUACAUCCACUUCUGUUUUGGAUUUACCUUUCAUUCAACCCUUUAAAUGACAGAAUAUUUCAUAACUGAUAUUGAUGUAUCAGAACUUUAUGGGUACAAAUUUGAUAGUGUUUUAAAAUAAACUGAAUUGGAUGGUUGACCAUUUAGAGACAUAGAGGAUAGAUAGUGUUAUGAUACAUUUGUGUCAAGGCUCUGAAGAUCAGUUGUUUGUUAUAGAGUUGGUACCAGCAAGAGAAACAGGCGUCUACUUCAGAUAGCACUGGUAAAUGUCGUUUCUUAUAUUCCAAGUACUAAAAAAUCUGGUUAUAGACAAAAUAUUAUAAUCUGUUUAUCGAACCCUGUGAAUUUGGUGAUAUCUGAAUGUUGUCUGUUCAAACACUGUUAUACAGCAGUCAUUGACGCAUCAGCCUUUAUACUUGUCAGAAUAUUGAUUUCCAUGAAGUUACAGUUUAAGGUCUUUCAUCACCAUCCAGUUUAUAUAAACAAAUCAUUUCACAUGACUUAGAGAUGUGAAAUUCAUAUAAUUAGCUUGCCUACAGAAUCACACUUCAUAUAACGAUGCAAGCAAGAGGAGUCUUUUUUCUUUUCCUCUUUUUUUUUUUUUUUUUUGUUUUCGAAGUGAUAUUUCAAUCGAAACCCAUUGUGUGGACAAGUUUUAUUCUAUGAAUAUUUAUAUCCAUGCAUUUGUUAUGUCAUGGAGAUAUCUUUUACACGUAGUGCUUUUUUUAAAAAACAUAUGUCACUGAUAACAAAAAACAGUGAUACACCUUUCACAGAUGGUCACGGGACAAAAUUGGAAACUUGUGCCAUGUCUACAUAGUAACUGUUGGAUGGAAAGGCUGUUUCUCCAAAUUCAGAUGUGAUGUAUAUAAUAUAUUACAAAUAUUAUGUAUUAACGAACACACACUCGGUCAUGUUGUGGAUUUGUGUUCCGUUAUUGUGCACUGAGAUUAUAAUCCUUCUGUGAUGACGGAAGUCAAGCUUCCACAUGAUUAAGAUUUUCCCUUUCUUCCGUGGAUUAUGGAAGAGGGAACUGCAAAAUGAAUACAGAUGCAGUCAAGCCUUGUGAGAUUAUGUGAAAGAGUGAAAAUGUCGGGUGCUUGUAGCAUCGUAGUGUAUAGCAACAAAUGUACGGCAUGAAAUGUAAGUUUUAAAAUAUUACUGAUUAUGUAAAAAAGCAAAUUUAAACACUAUUUUCGUAUAAUGGCCAGUUUGUUUCUGUUACAACACUUCUCCUAUUUAGUAGAUGUAUAGAAACAGAAGGUUUAAUCCCAGUUAUAUCAGUGUUACUAUCAUGUACACACUUUAUUAUUCUUGUGCAGAAUGGCUACGGUCAUACAAGAUGUAUCACCACUUCUGCAGUUAUAUUAGCACUUUAAAAUAUGAGAAAUAUUCCGGUGAAUUUAUUUUAGAUCAACAUUAGAUUGAUGGUGUGAUAAUAUAUCAGGCUAGCCAGUUAUUGAUGACAAUUUGAAUAUGUUUUAAUGUUUUAUGGUGAGUUCAGGUGAAACUAGAUAUAAUUUGUUUUGGAAAGUUGAGGAUCUAAAUUUCAUUAUAUCAAGAUUUUGGUAAAUACUUCAAAUCCAGUCUUAAACAGACAUCUAAAAGUCUGACUUGAUUUUAUUGUUUGGGUAAUUCUCCGGAAUAUUUUCUUUGUAUGGGGUAAAAAUUUGGUACUUUCCUUUUAGACCAGAUCGGUUUGUAGAAUAAUGAAACACUCACUUGCCUGUAUAAUGUAUAUAUGUAUAGUACGCAACAAAUCUGAUUGUAUUUUAAUGCCAGUGUAAUACAAAAGACGAGUACAAUUGUACCUUGGGCGUAAUAAAUAUUUACAACUGCU